AUGGUGGGCCUCUCGAACGGCGUCCUGGGCGCCCUGAGCAUCGUGUCCCUGGUGGCCGCCGCCCCGCUCCUCGGCGCGGGCGCCUACCUCCACGACCACGGCGCCUCCACCGAGUGCCAGCGCCUGCUGCGGCUGCCCACCCUCGCCCUCGGCGGCGGGAUCCUCCUCCUCUCCCUCAUGGCCCUCUUCGGCGCGUGCUGCCGCUCCUGCAGCCCGCUCCUCUGGCUCUACGUGAUCGCCAUGUUCCUGCUCGUCGUCGGCAUGUUCUUCGUCGCCGUCUUCGCCUACGCCGUCACCAACAAGGGCGCCGCCACCGCCGCCGACGGGACCGGCUACGGGGACUACCGGAUCGGGGACUACUCCGACUGGCUCAAGGACAAGGUCGAGGACUACGAGACGUGGCAACAGAUCCAGAGCUGCAUGGCCGACGCCGGCGUCUGCGGGGAUGGCCGGUUCAGCGGCCGGCUCGGCGGCGUCUCCGCCGGGAUCGACGCCACCGACUUCUACCGCCUGCAUCUGCCGCUCCUCCAGUCCGGGUGCUGCAAGCCGCCGGCGUACUGCGGGUACCGGGCGGUGAACGCGACGUUCUAUGAGGCCCCGGCGAGCGGGCUGGGCACGGCGGACGCGGACUGCCAGGCGUGGAGCAACGAGCCGAGCCUGAUGUGCUUCCGGUGCAACGCGUGCAAGGUGGGCGUGCUGGCCACCGCCAAGAGCAACUGGCGGGCCGUGGCCGGCGCCAACAUCGCCGCCCUCCUGCUCAUCCUCCUCGCCUACUCCCUCGGCUGCUGCGCCCUCCGCAACCACGACCGGCGUCGCCGCGGCGGAUACUACUACUGA